UUCAACUGAUCUCAUGAUUGCCCAAAAUGGGCCUUCAUUUCUUGAUGAGUUUCAACACUCAGUCUGGUUGUGGGGUGGUCAGAAAAUCAGAGAGAUGGCAAGCAGACAAGCCAGCCAGCUUGUUCAUUUGUUGGAUAUUGGCAACAAAACCAGAGUGGGCCAACAAAAGCAGAGUGGAAUUGCAGAUAGGUUUGAAAUGAUUCAAUCACACUACUGAACUAAGGGGUGCUUUGGAACUUUGAUUAUGAUUCCCAAAAUGGUGUACUGUAAGAAUG